GACAAAUUGUGCUGUUGAUCAAGAGUAUGACAUGAGGCGUGCAGGACACUAGGCUGCAUCCCUCGCGCCAAAGAUUCUCAUGGGACGAUGGGGAACUCACAUCGGUCUCCUCCGAAGGAGGAUUGGGUUUUUGAAGAAGAUGACCUGGUGGGUGACCUUACUCGGGGGCACGGCGCUGACCUGUUUGCCCCACGAAGCUCGGACGCGUCCUCACUCCACAUGGGGGCUGUAAAAGCAGGCCAGGAAGGCGCAUCUGACAGCUGUGGAACCCCGGGGCUGCAGAGGGAGGGGCAACUAGACGAGUGCGACGCUUCUUGCCCCAAAGACCAGCUGGAAAAAGUGAGCGUCGAGGAUGAAAGGAAGAUGGGAGGGGAGCAGGCUUCUACUUCAGGACGGGACAAUGCGUUUGCAGCUGCAGCAGACGUUUUGCUGAGGGGGGAGUGUGUUGUUGCUUUUACUGGAGCGGGGAUUUCAGUCGAAUCAGGUAUCCCAGACUUCCGGAGCCCAAGCGGGUUGUGGGCAAGGUUCGAUCCGGGUCUUUAUUGCAGUUAUCCAGCUUUCAUUGAGAGGCCAGAGUUGUUUUGGACGAUGGCGCUCGAGAUGCAGUGGUUGACGGGCGAUGCGGAGCCCAACCGCGGGCACGCAGCCCUGGUCCAGCUGGAGCAGCUGGCGGGGCUCCGCUGCGUGGUCACACAAAACGUGGAUGGCCUGCACCAGCGCGCCGGCUCCGCUGCGGUCCACGAGCUGCACGGCACAGUGUGCACCAUGACUUGUGUGGCGUGCAAGAAGAAGCGCUCCGUCUGGCGGGAGAUGGAACGGCUCCGCUCGCUGAAUAAAAAGCAGCUCGAGCCUGCCGACGUGCCGCGCUGCCAUCGCUGUGCCGGCGCCAUGAAGAUGGACGUGGUCUUGUUCGGUGAGGCGCUGCAGUACGCGGUGCUGCAGGAGGCCAUGCGGGCCGCCACCGCAGCUGACGUCAUCCUGGUCGUUGGCACCAGCCUCUCGGUCGCUCCCGCAAACAGCCUGGUGCAGCAGUGCAAGGCGCGCGGUGGCCAAGUCAUCGUGUGCAAUCUAGACGACUCGGGGCAAGAAUACGCGGACAUUGUUUUGCAAGGGAAUGCCUCAGACACGCUCGAAAGACUGGUAGCGGCUUGCACCCAGAAGCUCGAUGAAAAGCGACUGGGAUUGGAAGCACUCAUCAACGAGAAUCGGCAGUUGCCCGCUCCAAGUGAAAGGACGCUUGCGUUGGAUCGAGCCCUCUCUGUUGGCAGCCUUCUAUGACAAUAGUAGAAGCGUGCUGGCUUGCGCGACCAGUUUGAUGCAUGGUCAAGUGGGUCUGACGCAACUUUUGAUAGCCUUGCCGAUGUGGCAGCCUCUAGAAAUAGAGGGACUUCGCUAGAGGGAACACUUGAUUCCUACUACGUCGUUUUUUUUACUGAUCCAACUUCCUUGGUGUGAACCACUGGAAGCCGCAGUACAUGUGAGUCACUUCAAGCACCC